GGACUUGAGUGUCUGCGGCCGCGCGCUUCCGGCUCGUGCGUCGACGUCAGAGGGCCCCUGGCAGGCUCUUCCCCCGCCGCCUCCCGCUCUCUGCCGGGUCCGAGACCCUCUGUCUCUACGCGUCUCGCCUCCGGCCGUGACGACAUGAGCAACAAAGAAGGAUCGGGCGGGUUCCGGAAGAGGAAGCACGACAGCUUCCCCCACGGCCCGCGGAGGGAAGGGAAGGACGUGAACGCGUCGUCCCCCGUGAUGCUGGCCUUCAAAUCCUUUCAGCAGGAACUCGAUGCACGACAUGACAAAUACGAGAGACUUGUAAAACUCAGUCGGGAUAUAACCGUAGAAAGUAAACGGGUAAUCUUUCUGCUCCAUAGGAUUACAAGCACUCCUGAUAUGGAGGAAAUAUUGACUGAGUCGGAAAUUAAAUUGGAUGGUGUCAGACAAAAGAUACUGCAGGUGGCCCAGGAGCUCUUGGGAGAAGAGAUGCAUCAAUUCCACAGAGCCAUUACGACAGGGCUCCAGGAAUAUGUGGAGGCCGUCUCUUUUCAGCACUUCAUCCGAACACGAUCCCUGAUCAGCAUGGAGGAGAUCAAUAAGCAGUUGGUAUUUACAACGGAAGACAGUGGGAAAGAAAACAAGACGCCCUCCUCCGACGCUCACGAUAAAGAGUGUGGUACCUGGAGACUGAGAAUCACCCCUGUCGAUUACCUGCUGGGAGUGGCCGAUCUGACUGGCGAGUUGAUGCGGAUGUGUAUUAACAGCGUGGGCAAUGGGGACAUUGACACCCCCUUUGAAGUGAGCCAGUUCUUACGCCAGGUGUAUGAUGGGUUUUCAUUCAUUGGCAAUACCGGCCCUUACGAGGUUUCUAAGAAGCUCUAUACCUUGAAGCAGAGCCUGGCCAAGGUGGAGAAUGCCUGUUAUGCCUUGAAAGUCAGAGGCUCGGAAAUUCCCAAACACAUGCUGGCAGAUGUCUUUUCAGUUAAAACAGAAAUGAUUGAUCAAGAAGAGGGCAUUUCUUAGAAUAACGUCACCCAGUUGGUAUUCUCUUGAACUCCUAAGAGAAACCAGUUUGUGAGACUUACUGGGUAUUGUAUCUGACUUUAUUGUGGCUUUUACAUAGGGCAUUUUCAGUUUCACUUGUUUGGAAUUAUAAACAAGCUGAACAUCAAGUUGUCAAAAUGAAGCAUUUUCUACGUCUUACUCAUGAAAGCUUGCAUACAAGUGUUGUGUGGGGUGUGAGUGCUAGUAAUUAGUGGAAGCCAAUCUUAACUAAGUCGGUGGUUUUGUAAUACGUAGAAAAGACUUUCUAGUCAUACACCUGGACUUGGGCUUUUUGUUUCAAUUUCUUGGUGGUAUUGUGCCAAGCCUCCAAAAAGGCUUAUUCCAUAGAACAGAAUUAAAAUUACAAAGUUAUCAAUAUACUUUAAUUUUAUGUGGCAUCGUGGUAAGAAUUCACAGUAUGUUCUGGCUAAUUUAGGCCACUUUGAGUCCCUGUGAUGAACUAGCCUUCCGGAAAAAUUGACAGACACCCAGAUGUCAGCUUCUACUUUUAACUUUUGUGCUUUAUCACAGAAGAUCGGAUAGAGAAUUGGACUUAAUAUUGUAAUAUUUUUACUGGUGUUUGAGUUGAAUUAUAUACUUGUACAUACAACUGUAAAACUUUCAGUGGUGAUUAGUUGGCAGUUUUUUUGUUGUCUAUUAUAUUGACAGUAGGCAUGUUUGGAGACUUUCCUAUUCUAGCAUCUAUAAGAAAUUAUAUUUAAGUAAUUAUAAUGAAGUUUUGAAAUUUUUGAAAUACUAAGUUAACCCAAACUUUUAUAGUUGUCUAGUUGUCCAGUUGUGUUAAUCGGUAGUAUAAAAGUUGCCAAAGAAACUGAUCCUGUACAAUUCAGCAAUAAGACAAUUGUCAACACAUUGGGAACAACAGUGGUAGUUUCUAGUUAUAUUUAGCCUUGGCAUUUGCCUACAGAAAUUAGUGGUAGAUGAUCCCCUGUGAUGUGAAACUGACCUGAGCAUGACGCUGUUGGUGACAACCAGACAUUUCCACUGGGUUUUGUAAGUUUUGAAAAAUUAGAAACCGGGCUUUAUUUUUUGAAAGAUUAGCUGCUCUGUUUGUAAGAGCUGAUUCUUGGAAAGUGUAAUUUACCCCCAACAAAUUACCUAGAGGAAAAUAAAACAUAGGCAUGCCGAAUAAAUUAGGUUUGUUUGUUAGUUAGUUUGUUUUGGUGGUAGUGACUUUUUUGUUUCCCUAUUCAAAGAUUUAUCGAUGAAUUGUAGUCUCGUUACAUAUUUUUGUUUCUUCUGUCACUUGAAGUUAAAUUUAUGUUAAAAGCAAAAUAUCUUACAGAUGUUUAAAACUGAAGUCUUUGAAUAAAAUAUUAAAACAUAAA